AUGACAGACAUCACUUAUUAUCCCGAGAUCCUCGGACCACUGGAAAAGGAGAUACUCGCUGUCCGCGGGCAGGAAGCAUGGACAAAGUCCGCUCUAUCCAAGAUGCAACUGCUCGACAGCACCAUAAAAGAGAGCCAGAGAGUCAAACCCAUCCAGAUAACCACGAUGCUCCGCUCUACUCUCGAAGACUACACCCUCCCUGACAGAACGCUCGUCCCAAAAGAUCAUCUCAUAUCCGUAUCCACACAUGCCAUGCGCGACCCACAAGUCAACAAAGACGCCACAACCUGGGACGGCUACCGCUUCCUCCGAUGGUGUCAAAAACUCUGUUGA